AUGAACGUGAACGCGCCAGAGCCACGAAUUAGCCAACUUUUAUCGUCGAUGAAAUGUUCUCUUUGUGAAGAAGCAGUCGAUUUUCGAAGGCUCGAUGAGCAUAUGUGUAAGGGCGCACCUGCUGUUCCUGCAUUACCUGCUAUGUACCAAAAUAGUAAUAAAAACUUAAAUAAUAUAUCUAAACAACAAGACAACCCUUACAACAACAACAACAAUUAUCCGAAUCAAUAUGGGCAACAAAUACCACAUUCACAAAAUGCAUCAUUUGAUAAUAGUAACAUAUCACCCACGGACUCGGGUUAUUCGAGUUCAACACAUAAUUCAACUGUUACUAAUCAUCAUACUCGUAAUAAAUAUACAAAUUUAAUUCCUAAAUCACCACAAGAACCACCAAUUCCUUAUUCCAUUUCAAAUCAAAAUCAACCACCACCCACAACACCAGUUACUACCGGAGUAGGUAAAGCCGGAUCAUUCAUGGAAAAGUAUAAUAAAAGUAAACAGAUGGAUUCUCCGCCGCGUUUUCCUGCUGCACCUGCAAAUAAUAUUAAUCCGCAUAACAGAGAUCUCUAUAAUGGGAAUAAUAGUAAUAGUAAUGGUAGUAUUAAUAAAGGAUAUCCUCCUGAUCCUUAUAAACGACCUGAUCAAUAUCCAUCGAACAUGAAUUAUCAACGCCAACAACUACAUUAUGAUGAUAGAAGCAGGUCACCUGUACCAUAUGGUAAUGGUAAUGGUAAUAACAAUAGAUAUCCACCAUCACCCACCAACCAAGCGUAUGAUACUCGGUUUGAUCAACAAAAUCAUGCGCGUAAAUAUUCUCAAGAUAGAAAAAUUAACAAUCAAAUACAACAACAGCAGCCUCCAGUCCCUUCGUUACCACCGGCAGCGCCCAAUUCUGGAUCACAACAUAAUCCACGUAACCUUUCUUCUGAUCAAAAUAACUACGGAUUGUCGUUGCCUAGAACUACAUCUCCGAUCCCUCCGUUAUCACCGGCAGUACCCAAUUCCGGAUCUGGAUAUGAUAAGUCUAGAUCACAACAUAGUUCACGUAAUCCUUCUUCUGAUCAAAAUAAUUACGGAUUGUCAUUGCCUAGAACUACAUCUCCGAAUCCUUAUUUACCACCAAAUAAUAAUAACAUUCCUGAUCCACUGCAUCAUAAGAAUGCCAAGAGUAGAGAUGGUUCGUUUUCAUCUCAGCGUUCAAAUUCCAAUAAUACUAAUAAUAAUUCUGGUCCAGGAAUUUUACCACAAGAAAAUAAUGUUUUAAAUACGAAUGACAGUUUAAUUGAUGAUUUAAUAAAAGAAAUGGCUAAUAUGGAUGCGAGAUUAAGUUCCAAUCAACAAAGUCAACGACAUCAUCAUUCCCCAUCUGACGCCUCCACUCAUUCACGUAACAAAAGUUCCACUAGCAAUCAUGGUCAUUCUAAUUAUAAUAAUCAACAAGUUCAAAUGGAUAUUUGCGGUUAUUGUAAUCACACAAUUGAUUCAUCUCCUAUGUGGGCACUUGGAAGACCGUGGCAUCCCGAACAUCUUUUAUGUGCUCAAUGUGAAAAACCUAUAGACCCUAAUAUAGGUCAUGUUGAACGUAAAAAUAAAGUAUAUUGUCCAUCGGAUUUCGCUGAUUUAUUCUUACCAAAAUGUCGGAGUUGUGGUCUGCCAGUAGAACGAGAGGCCGUGAGUGCUAGUGAUGGCAAAUUGGAGGGAAAAUGGCAUGUGAACUGUUUUGGAUGUCACACGUGUCAUCAACCUUUCCCUGACAGAUCUUUUUACGUAUUUGGUAAUGCACCUUAUUGUAAACGCCAUUAUCACGAACUAAACAAUUCUCUCUGCAAAAAUUGCGAUGAACCUAUUGAAG